GCUGCGGCGGGCGGGGGACGGCGGCAGCGCCAUGGGCGCGGAGCAGAGCGCCGAGGCCGAGAGCCGCCCCGGCGAGCCCGGCGCCGCAGCAUCUCCGUUGCCGGCCAAGCAACGAGCAAAAAUGGACGACAUCGUGGUCGUAGCCCCAGGAACACAAUCCUCACGGAAUGUCAGCAAUGAUCCAGAUGUCAUAAAACUGCAGGAAAUUCCAACUUUCCAGCCCCUUUUGAAAGGACUCCUCAGCGGGCAGACGUCCCCAAGCACCGCCAAGCUGGAGAAGCUGGACCCGCAGCAGGUGCUGCAGCUGUGCCUGCGCUACCAGGACCACCUGCACCAGUGUGCCGAGGCCGUGGCCUUCGACCAGAACGCGCUGGUGAAGCGCAUCAAGGAGAUGGACCUCUCCGUGGAAACUCUCUACAGCCUCAUGCAGGAGCGCCAGAAGAAGUACGCCAAGUACGCGGAGCAGAUCCAGAAGGUCAACGAGAUGUCUGCCAUCCUGCGCCGGAUCCAGAUGGGCAUCGACCAGACGGUGCCGCUGAUGGAGCGGCUGAACAGCCUCCUGCCAGAGGGGGAGCGCCUGGAGCCCUUCUCCAUGAAACCAGAGCGGGAGCUGAGGUCGUAGCGCUCCGGCAGCUCCCCCUCCUCACCUUCCACGCUCCACGUCGGGCACGGACGCGUUUCCAGCAGGCUGCACUGGCAGGUGUUUGGAGCGGGCAGCGCUGCAGCCGGACUCUGCCAGGGACCGGAGGGACUGCGGCGUCGGCUGCCGGAGCCGCACAGCCGGGAAUGCAGGAGCUCCCCGAAGGAGAUGAUUUACCGUUCUCUCGUCUCCCUCCUCUUGCCCUCCUGUCUCCUUUGCUGCUACACCGCCUGUGCAGACACAUUUCUUUCGUUGCUGUGACUAGUUGGGGUUUACAGAGGAGGAAUUUCCUUUCAUCUGAUUUUUUUUUUUUUUUUUGCUAAAAAAAAUCAAAGGGAUAUGGGGUGUGACAAACCCUCUGAAGUGUUUUUUGUGCCACUGGGGUUUAGACAUUUAGAUGGCUGGAAGGUAUUUCUGAGAUCCCUUGGCCUUGGAAAUAUGUGUGUUUUAUAAGUGAAAGUGUGGGAGCCAGGAGCUGGCUUAUUAAAAUCUGGCCAUUAUCACAAUUAACAUGGUUUGCACAGCAAGGUUUUGGCAUGUCCAUGAGCCUCCUGUUUCUAUGGGCUCAUUAAUCUAUGAGGCUGUAAAGGAGUAACUGUUCUAGAUAUUUAUGUCUGUUAAUGUAAAGCAAACCUUAGUGUUCCUCUCCCCCUUGCCCUGGCAAUGUCCCCACGCCCCAGCUGGUGGCAUUUCGUGUCCCUCUGGCAGGCACCGGUACCAACCUCCUCACUUUGCAUCCCAAAGUUGGACACAAGGUGUCUGUUUUUUAUGGCGUUACCUUGGUGCUGUCUAUUAACCAGUGGGGUGCAGCUUCUUCUUCAAGUGUAUUAGGGUGGAGGGAGAGACACAAGAAGUCCUUUGGCUCUUUGUGUUGGUUUAGCUGCCCUUUUGCCUGGAGCUGGUGGUGACACGCUGCUCAACAACUGAAACCACAGGGCCCUUCUCAGCUCCCUGCUCCAAAGGCAGCAGGACGUUCUUGCCUCCUCCCAGGCGAGCCAAGGCUGAAGAGCCCAUGAACUCCAAGGGUGGUUGUGUGUCAGGAGUGCAGUUCCAGCAGUGAGGACAGUCAGGGACAACCCAGCUUCCAGUACAGCACAAGGUGGGGUCACUUGCCAAAGGCAAUUUGCUUCAUUAGGUGUCAGUACUUAAGAGCAUUUAUUAAGCAAAAGGUUGUUUCUGAGCAUUUGGAAGUAAGAGUGCAGUAGGGUUUUGAUUGCAAUAGUUAUUGCUUGGUGGCAAGGAGCAACAGGCUGUUCUCUUGUUGCAUUCCCAAAGGCUACGUAGUGUGAAUUUUUGUUUUAGUUUUGAACCAUGGUGGUGGUUGGAUCCCGGGGCCUGCUGAACACUAUCUAGAAGCAGAGUCCUGUAGAAAUGAAGCCCCCUGGAAUGAUGCCCUGAGAAGUGGGACUGACUGCUUCAGGGAGAGCAAGGAACUCAGCAGGAGGGUUUUUAGCAAAGGCAGCAGGUCUCCUUGCCUGCUGCUCCUACCCCAGAGGUUUUACACAGUUGUAUGUACAUAAGCGUAUGCUCUGUGUUGCCCAGGAUGAAACAUCAGAAUUCCAUCCUUGUUCAGGCUUCCUGCCAUGUUUUACAUGUGGGCUGUUAAAAGCUUACUUGAGACUUAACCCAGGCAAAGCUGCUUGUCAUGGCCAUGCCCUUGUGGGUCCUCGUUGUCCAUCAUGGAAUGUGUCUCUGCCUCCCACCAUCAGACACAGGAGAAUAUUGAGCUGCUUUAAAUAGCGGCUGCAGCUAUUUUUGUCCUCUUUGUCCAGAUGAUGCUGUCUGGAUGUUUAAAAUGUGCGACAUUCAGCUGUCUGCCAGACAGGAUCAUUGGUGUCCCACACCCCGGUGUGCUGGAAGCCUGUGCCAGUGGGAAGAUCCUGACACUGGAUCUCAAGGCAGAUGCUCUCUCCUCUAAGACACUUCUCUGAGGCUUGUAGACAUUUGGCCUCGGGCCAUUGAGUAUCAGAUGAAAGCAUUGCUCCCUGCAGUGCUAAUGAGGGCCAAGGAAUCAUAUUCCCAACUGAAGGCUGCAGGAGCGAGCGCUGCACAUCGGUUCCUUCCUCGUUUGCCAGAAAACACCAAUGCAUUGAGCCGAGAAUGGGAGAAAACAUUUGUUCCUAGGAACACUGGUCUUUAAGCUCGUGGUUGUGCUGCUGUGCCUCACAGACAGAGCUUCUUGAACAGCAGGAGAAGGCUGGGGAAGGUGUAGUAACUGAACUAGAAAGAAAUUAGAGCUGAAGUGUGAAGGCCAACCUUUUCCAAUGCUCACGUGUCAUCACCGUCAUUCCACAGGUGAUAGUCUCUGGCAUGGGUACUGUAAGAAGCGUGCACCCUCUAACUGCCCUUGAACAAUGGUUUACAGUUUUAUUUAAAACAUUGUCACUGCCUUCGGGAACUGCAAGUCUUUGGCCCUCUUGCUGAGGGGGAGACGUGUCCUGCCACAUCUCCUCAAGCUGCUGUUUGUUGCUUGGCUGCUCCUUGUUGGCUCUGCUCCACAUGCUGCUUUCAGCUUCAGCUCCGAUGCAGGUGAUGCUCAGGGUAAGCUGACACUUCCCUCCCACGCUGUUUAGCAGGAGCUUGAAGAUGUGACUGCAGUCACCUUUCUGCUUAUAAAUUUCCUCUUCCAAGCCAAACACUCUUGGAGGAGGCCUCAGGUAUCUUUUGGGAAUGUACCAGCUGUUACUUCUACCACAAGUUAAGUGCUGUGAGCAGAGAAUAAUCUGGUGUGCUCCCCUGAAACCAGACACUGCUGCCCUUUUCUGCUUUCUGGGGUGGUGUGUGCUCUGGGAUACAGGCUAAGCUUCUUGAUAUGUGAUCUUGUGAAAAGCUGGGGAGCAGGACGAGCCGCUGUGGUUCCUCUUUGGCCUGAGCUGCUCUGGCCCUUCCCCUCACUCUGCUGUUGCAACUCCCCCAUUGUGCUGCCACUGCUGCUCCUUGUGUCUCACGCUGGUCACUGUGCUGCCCAUGCAGAGCCGGUUUGCUUUGUUGUUUCCGUUGUUUUUGUCACUGAACAUUGACAGGGUGCUAAAGUGCCAACCAGCCUGCAGGGCAAUUCCUGUGAGGAUCUGCUGAAGGGGAGAGAAAAGAGUUUUUGUGUCUUUGGUUUUUUUUUGUUUUUUUUAAUUUUAAUAUAUGUAUUUUAAAUUAAAUAUAUUUAAAUAUACUUAAAUAUUUGAAGUGUGUUUUCCCCUCCCCCAAGCUUUUAUGCUGAAGAGAGUAGAAAUACAUGUUUUCACAGGCCCACUGGUUGCACGAGCCAGCCCCUCUCACACUGUGUGCCAGCAGUUGUCCCGAGGUACUGCUGUAACAUCCCUCCUGUUCCCAAGCUGCCAGAGGGUAUUUCGAUUGUCAGCCUUGUGGCUGAGCACUCCGUGGUUUAUGGGUGGUUACCCUGUUCAGCUUCCUGCAUGCUCCCAGUUCCACAGCUCCAGCAUUAAAACCUUUGGUGUGGCUCUUUUCCAAGUGUGUUGUUUCUCCAAUUGCUUUAUUACUCAUUCUUCAUUCCCACUUCCCACUGCGGUGUCUGGGCAGUGCAGGCAGAUCUCAGCUUUACUUUGCACCCGCUCUCAGCCACGGAGGUGGCUGAUUACAGCUGCCCUGGGGCUGCCUCUGCCAUGGGAUUGAGAGGAAACAUGUCCCCAGCCUGAAAAGAAAUGCUGGUUGGCUUUUUUUCCCCCGGUGCUGUCCCAGUUCUGGUUGGCACUGAUAUCCAGUUUGAAUACAAGACGUGAGCAGCGAUGCUUGGGGCUUGGCAUUGGGAAAGUGAAAGGGUGAUGGACUCUCACCUGCACGGGUGAUACUGAAUAAAGAAAGAGAAGCAAAUUUACAGGGUUUCUUUUUGUUUUGCUGCUGAUUUGGUUUUUUUUUAAUGACCUGAUGCCCCAGCCUCAUCAUUGCCUGUAGUGUCACACUUUGGCUUUGUGCAGCAGUGAAGCACGGUGAGGGUCCCUGGAAACGACAGCUGAAAUCCACUCCUCAAAGUGAGCAAUCCCUUGCAGCAGGACAAAGCUCCAGAAGCGUUUGGCAGCAUUUUACAUGCCAGGAAAGCAGCCCCUUCCCAGAGGGGUGGGUGUUGCAGAAGGCAAGAAAUAGCUCCCUUCCAUUUUCUAUUUAUGGUGACUCAAUAAUAUUCUUGGAAGUGCAGAAUUGAAGGCUUUACUGCAGAAACACUUCAGUUUGCCUCAGAGCAACCAUUUGGACCUGAGGGUCAAGUAGUUCUUUGCAGGCAGGGUUCAAAGGGAAAGUGCUUUUGCCAGGCAAAGCUGAUGUAUUAGGAACGCUGUUGAACCUGAAUUCUCAGUUGUGGGUUUGUGAGUAUAGUGUAAUUGUGGUAUUGUGUAUGUUACACUGUCUAAAAGUGCUAGAAUAACUUCUAUCACAGUUAAUAACAAAUACAGACUAGCCAGGUGUAUGGCUGGCUAAUUAAGAUGUCUGGCUAGGUAAGUUUGGUAGAAUCACAGUGAUUUUGGGUUUAAAAAAUUACAGUUUAUUAGGACUCUAGUGCUGUCCCCCCUGAUCUGGGCUUUUCAUGCCCCCACUUUCUGGUAGAAGUCAGUUUAUAACCUGUGCUGUGAGUCACAGCGUAUUGAGCACCUAGCUGGUGAAUACAGUUAGUAAAGACAGUAGUUCCUUUAAUUACCACAUUCCUACUCUCUUAUCCUCCCCAGCCACUUCAGAAGCAGAGCUACCUGAUCCCUGCUGGGAGGAGGUUUGCUCUGUUUCCAGUUGACUUCAUUCUAGGAAUGUCACUGUGAUGGUUACAUCAGGAGCCCAGUCACCUUGGGGACCUCUUCCCAGUAACGCCAGGCAGUGAAAUGAAAAUGAAGUGUGGAUGACAUGCAUGAGGCAGAUUUCAGUUGCCCCUUGGGUUUUGACUCGAGGUGGAUUUAAACUCUCUUCCCAGAGCUGUCCAGGGGCAGGGCCAGGGAUGGAGGGAACAGGAGCAGAGCAAGUCCUGCAAAGCAGGCAGGAGAAGUGAUGAAAGCUGAAGUGAACUUUUCAAAAAACAGAACUUGAGGGAACAAACAGAGCUACUGCAGUCAGAAGUGGAGUUUGGAUUGGGGUGAUCAGCUACAUCUUAGAAGAUUGCUGUGUCAACCUGUUGUGUAGGCUAAGUAACCGCUGGAUGAUGCCAGCACAGUUCUUGUUUUCUUCUCUAAGAGCUGUUGCACCUUGGUUGUAGAAAGUAAGCACAGAAAACUCACACAGGUUGGUACUUGUGCUCUGACAGAUGGUUCUGUUUCUUUUAGGGAGGCUGAAGAUUUUGCAUUUUCCCUUUCUGGGAUUGUGCUUUGAAAUUCUCAAAAGAAAAGGCUUUUGUUACUGCACCUGAGCUUGAAGAUGCUGUUAUAUAAACUCUCAGCUUUCCCCUCUAAGGAUACAA